AUGAGUUUCCUCCGUCCCCCACCUCCAGGUACCCAUCUCACUCCUUGGGUGCCGGACCUCAUUUUCAUCCCCAUUUCUCGGGCCUUCGAACGUCUUGGUGUUUAUUUCUACAACCGAGUUAUCAGCCGUACCGAGAUUGGCCUUUAUCAGAAAGCCUACAACCCUAAGGUUCAUGGUCCUUACUGCCACUGGCGGUACUACGGAAAGCGUAAGUUUUUCUAAUUUUUAAUCUUUGUUUUAAAUUUAGAUACUAAGCGAUUUAAGAAAAAGAAUUACUCUAUACACUUACAUUAUUUAUAAAUAAUUUGUACCUGAUUUUAGCUGAAGUUAGGCUGCUCGAUGUGAAGGUUGCCGAUCUGCCAGCCUGGUUGGGACGUCGUGAAUUCAGUGUUGGCGCCGCUUAUAACGAACUGGUCAGAAACAUCUGGCGUGUCCACAACAAAUAUUACUCCGGUCCCGUCUACGGCAAUGUCGUCCAGACCAUUUUCAGAUUCAUCUUUGCCUUCUCCUUCAUCAGCUGGCUGUUCAAGCAACACCGUUACUGGGAAGUCAAGAAGCAUCUCUACCAUUGA